ACAAAUUAGGUUCUAAAAAAACGAAGGACAGUGAAGCACGGUUAAGCAUUUACGCAAGGCAAUACGCAUAGCACGUAACGCAAAGAACCCAACCUUUCGUCUUCCCAUUUCUUCUUCUUCUUCAUUAGAUCUCGUUUCUCGUUUCUGCAACUCCAUCUUUUUGUUUCUGAUCCAUCUCUCUCUCUCACAAAACUGGCAUAUGGGUUGCCGAAACCGUGAGUUUUCAGAAGAUGAGACUUCCUCUUCCACGCUCAGCGAGGCCCUGCUCUUCGCCACCAUGUGCCUCAUUGGACUGCCCGUUGAGGUUCACAUCAAAGAUGGCUCUGUCUAUUCCGGCAUCUUCCACACUGCCUGUGUCGAGAAUGAAUAUGGCGUUGUUUUGAAGAAAGCAAGGAUGACAAAAAAGGGUAAAAGGAAUGUGAAUGUGGACGAUGGCGUUGUAAUUGAUACUCUUAUUGUUCUUUCAGGCGAUCUUGUCCAAGUUGUUGCGACGGAGGUUAUACUUCCGGCUGGUAGUUUUUCCAAAAGUUUGGCUGGUUGUGAUAACGAAGCCAAGGCCAUUGAUCCUACUUUGUUGCAUCCAGCUAUAGCAGCUAAGACAUGUACGGAGUCAUUUAAGGAGGCGAGUCAGAUUAAUCAAACAAGUGACCUGGUCCAAGAUCAAAAUGGGUUUGCUCAUGGUUCACUGCCUACUGCAACUGGGAAGCUUAGUGAUGUUAGACAACUUUCGCGAGAUAGCACUGAUAACAACCAGGGAGAUGGACAUCAGAGAAGGGAAAGGAUAAAUUGCAAAAAGCUUGAAGAUGUCUCUGAUGCCGCAAUCAAUUGGAGACAGGACCCAGAUAACCAAUUGAAAAAGGAGCAAGAUGAUCAUGGUCAGGAACUUGAAUUGCAUAAAGUAGUCAAUGUUGAUCGAGUUCAUUCCUCUCUAUCGAGUGAGAAACCAUGCACUGAAAGACCCAUCUCAGCCACCACUACUACGAAUGCAUUUUCAGUUGGUGUCUCAACUUCUUCACGUUCGUCUGUGGAUAGUAGCAUGGACUCUUGUCAUAGUUCUAUGCCGUUAACUACUGACAUCGCUCCAUCUCAUAAGGAAUUCAAGCUCAAUCCCAGAGCCAAACUCUUCUCUCCAUCCGUUUCAAAUAGCAUGUCAGCAACUCCUGCGGCUCCAAUGGCUGCAAAUGUGGCUUAUAUUCCAAACAACUCACCAGUACUACCUGUGCCUGUUGCUCAACCAGAGGUGGAGUUCAGUCCUUUUGUACCUCGUUCACCUGUGCCUGCCGCCAAAUUUGUUCCAUAUGGAAACUCAAUAGCUGGGUUUGGUGGCAGCGUUGCUCAAUUUUCCCAACCUAUGGUGGGACAUGUGGGAACCAGGACGCAGCCACUUAGAUAUGUUGGUCAGUAUCCUCUCCAGGCUGGCCCAACGUUUGGGCCCCCAAAUUCUCCAGCAGUUAUGGUUGGUCGUUUUGGGCAACUUGUUUAUAUGCAGCCACUCUCUCAUGACUUGGCUCACGGUACGACAGUCGUCUCACCAGUACCACCUUGCCCUUUGUUGACAGCACAGCCUGCCCAAUAUCCAAAACAUCAAGGAACUGCAGCAACACAAGCAUUGCAGUUUUGUGUUCCUCCACCAUUUAUGGCCGGUGGCCACCAACCGCUCGCCACAGUACCAAACCACAUCCCAAUUUUGCAGCCCUCCUUCCCGCUCAAUCGCCCAAUGCAAGUGCCAGGAACUAAUGCAUUCUUCAACACCAAGUUCUAAUGAAUUGUGUCUUCUGUUAAUUCUCCAUUAGUCAACCACAAGCUUUUAGCAAAAUUUUGGUCCUCUGAAAAUUAUUUUCCUAAUUUGUUAUAAUUAUUAGCAAUUUAUCUUUUUAUUGGAGGGAGAGGUAUUGUUUCCAUUCAAAUCAAGACAUUUUACCUUUGAUUGGUGGAUGGGGUUUGUUGAACUUUGUAUAGGUUGAAUUAAAUUUGGUUUAGGAUCAGCAUUAUUUCUUGUGAGGGAACUGAGUCAUUGCAUUCAUGAAUUGGUUUCAAAUUACAGAAAAGGUGUGGAAAAAAAGAAAGCCAUCAAAAUCAAAAGAAUAUCCUACCUUUUUCUAUCUUAAAUAAAUGUGAUCCCUUGCUGAUUACAAUCUUCACUGAUCA